AUGGCCGACUCACAUAUGAGCCACGACGAGUUCUUCGCCAAGCUGGGUGAGCUCUUCGACCAUCGCAAGGGCAGCGACCAUGGCUCCAUCUACCUGAGCCAGAAGCGACUCAUCUAUGGUCAAGAUAUAGCCCAGCCCUCAGAAGAAGAACCAGAUAUCAACCCUAGCAAGCCUCUACCCCUCAUUAUCAAGGCAACAAACGGCAAGGGUAAGAGGGACCGUUCCAAAAAGGUCAAACUGUCCACAGUUGUGAACCCCGAAGAUUUGGAGGCAUUUUAUGUGAGGUAUGCCGAUGUGUGCAAGUCAGGCAUGACAGCCCUGAAGCCAAGAGACAGGAGCAAGAAGAAGGCGAAGGCGAAGAAGAAGAAGGCCGCAGCAUGA